CCUUUCAUUAAGGUCAAGAACCUGGAUACGAUUUAAGCAUCCCUCAAGCAUUGGUUCUGUGUGGCUCUCUUUCCUUAUCCCAACCCCCAAACCUUCUAACCUCCUCUAUAUAUAAAUAACAUGCAUUAUUUUCUUCAGAAACCUCUUAAUCCCCUUACUCUGUGGUUACACACAACACAAUCAUGUCUGAUCAAGUGAAUGGCUUCUUGCCUGAGCUAAAUCUUCCAGACUUGUUGCAGCACAGUGAUGCUGUGAGACAGGUUCAUGCAACUAUUGAGAAGGAAUGGGAUUUCCUUCAAAGGUCUGCUUGCCAAACGGCUGCAGGGAGGGCUCUGUGGAAGCAUGUCAUCCAUGAUCCCCUAGCUGCCUUGCUGGCAGGGGAGACUUACCUGAGAAACAUCCAUGAGAAGAUGAGGAAAGACCUUCUCAACAAUGCGCAUGAGAUUUCUGGAGUGAUUCUUGCUGUGAGAACCCUCUGGUUUGAUUCAAGGCUGGAAGAAGCUCUCAGUUCCCCCAAUGGGAGAGCGGCACAGGUUGUUCUCCUUGGUGCAGGAAUGGACACGAGAGCAUAUCGUUUGAGUUUCUUAAAGGACAGUGAUGUCUUUGAGGUUGACUUUUCAGAAGUCUUGGAGGUGAAAACCACCAUUUUGCAAGCCGCUGAGGAAUCAACCUACCACCGGCAGCACAUUAUGUCGAAAGCCAAGUCCUUAACAAGAGUGGCAGCUGACAUAAGAGAAAAUGACUGGAUGGAAAAGCUUGAGGUUGCAGGUUUCUUGCCACAGAAGAGCACGGUUUGGAUUCUAGAAGGCAUCCUCUACUACCUAACCCAAUCCCAGGCCAUGCAAGUGCUGGGAUAUUUAGCUAACAAUUGUGUCCUAACCCACACAGUCCUUAUAGCAGACUUCAUGAAUAAGCCAUCAACCACGCUGUCGAACUCUGCAUUCCAAUUUUACAGUGAUUGGCCAGAUCAUCUAUUACCAUCAAUGGGUUUUCCUCAUGUAAAACUCUCACAAAUUGGAGACCCAGAUGCUCAUUUUGGCCUCUUGAAUGAUCCAUUGAAUCUCUUUGACAAACUCCGUGGCUUGCCAAGGUCACUGCACACCAAUCCAGACGAUGGAACACCAUGCUGUCGGUUGUACUUGGUGGAGGCUUCUGGUUCACCCGAUCAGAGAGAUGGGCAUAAAGGGUCAAUCACUCCGUCCUGAUACGUACAUCCUUGUCUCCAAUUCACCUCUACUGGUAGUCUUGUCUUUUAUGCAGCGCCAUUGAUUGUAUCGUAGAAUAAUAGCAAGGAGAUUGUAGUAUUUUUUUUGGUUGUCGGAGAUUACAUAUCUUUGAAAUGGAAAUUGUCUUAAUAGUAGUUGGCCCAUACCCAUGUGCUGUCACUCGUACAUUUGCUACACUAUUCGUCUAUUCCAGAAGGGGCAAAUACCUAUAAAUAGACUUUGGUCUAACUUAAUUAUUCCAGUUCCAGCCAUAUUUUCUACUUCUUGGUGGAAUAAUCCCCUUUUACUGAAAAAUGAUGCAGAUAAAUAAAGUAUACAUUUAUUAAUAUCUUUACAUAA